UUUAGUGAAGCAAAGAUGACUGAAGCUCGGCCACGUUAUGUCAUCAACCGCCCGGCUUAUUCUAGUGAAUUAUUUGAUGAAGCGUUUGAGAGGAAAAGUAGAAGUUACCCUCUUGGAGAGAAAAUAAAGAAUCUUUUCAGAUGUUCACCAUCCAGACUCAAACUCAUCCUAUAUAGCCUGUUUCCUAUACUUGUAUGGCUUCCAAAAUACAAAAUCAAAGAUUACAUUGUUCCUGAUGUCCUUGGUGGAAUCAGUGCUGGGACUAUUCAAGUGCCUCAAGGCAUGGCCUUUGCUCUAUUGGCCAAUCUUCCUCCAGUCAAUGGACUCUAUUCUUCCUUCUUCCCUCUGAUAACCUAUUUUGUGCUUGGAGGUGUUCAUCAGAUGGUCCCAGGCACUUUUGCAGUCAUCAGUAUUAUUGUGGGGAACGUUUGCCAUGAGCUGGCUCCUGACUCUGAAUUCCAAUACUUUAACCAUACAACCAAUGAGUCCAUGGUGAACAACACAGCCAUGGAAGCAGCCAGACUGGAGAUCUCUGCUACCCUGGCUUGCCUGACAGCUAUAAUACAGAUAUGCUUGGGAUUUGUGCAGUUUGGCUUUGUUGCUAUCUACCUUUCUGAGUCCUUCAUCAGGGGUUUUAUGACAGCAGCUGGCCUACAGAUCCUCAUUUCAGUGCUCAAGUAUGUCUUUGGCCUGACGAUUGCAUCCUACACAGGACCCCUUGCCAUUGUCUAUACUUUUAUUGACAUUUGUAAAAACUUGCCAAAGACCAAUGUGGCCUCCCUCGUGUUUGCCUUGGUCAGCUCUGUACUCCUGAUUGUUGUGAAAGAGUUGAACAUGAAAUACAUGAAGAAAAUCAGAGUCCCCAUUCCGAUGGAGAUCAUUAUAGUCGUCAUAGCUACCGCAGUUUCUGGAAGCUUUAAUAUGCCAGAUAAAUACAAUAUGCCAAUUGUUGGAAAUAUUAAUAUGGGCUUUCCAUCAGCCACUCUUCCUGAGGUGGGCAAGUGGAAAGACAUGAUUGGCACAGCUUUUUCACUUGCCAUUGUGGGAUAUGUGAUCAAUCUGGCCAUGGGUAGAACUCUUGGAAACAAGCAUGGAUAUGAUGUAGAUCCAAAUCAGGAAAUGCUAGCCCUGGGUUGCAGCAACUUUUUUGGAUCCUUUUUCAAAAUCCACGUGAUAUGCUGUGCUCUUUCAGUGACAUUAGCUGUGGAUGGAGCUGGAGGAAAAUCACAGGUUUCAAGUUUUUGUGUGGCGCUGGUAGUGAUGAUAACCAUGUUAUCUUUGGGGAUCUACCUCAACCCUCUUCCUAAGGCUGUGCUGGGAGCAUUAAUAGCUGUGAAUCUGAAGAAUUCUCUCAAGCAACUGACUGAUCCUUAUUACCUUUGGAAAAAAAGCAAGUUGGACUGUAUGGUCUGGGUGGUGAGCUUCCUAUCUUCUUUCUUCCUGGGCUUGCCGUUUGGACUCGCUGUGGGAGUGGGGUUUUCCAUCCUGGUUGUGGUUUUCCAUACUCAGUUCCGCAAUGGUUGUGUUAUUGGCCCUGUAGCUGCCUCUGAUAUAUACAAGAACCCCAAGGUCUACAACAAGGUCCAAGAAAUAGAAGGAGUUAAAAUUGUCACCUACUGUUCUCCAUUAUACUUUGCUAAUUCAGAGAUAUUCAGGGAGAAAGUUAUUGCCAAGACUGGCGCUGAUCCCAUAAAAGUCUACCUGGCAAGGAAAAAGUAUGUGAAGAAUCAAGAAAAGAUGAUGACAUCAGCACAGAAAGUGAGCAAACUAAAUUCCCUCUUCAGAAAGAACAAGACUAUGUCUCUGCAAGAGCUCCAGAAGGAUUUUGAGAGCAACUCUCCAACAGACACAAACAACAACCAGACAGCUGCUAAUGGCAAUAGCAUCUCAUACAUUGCUUUCAACUCAUCUGUGAAUGCUGCAAGACAGCUUAAUGCUGCUAGUGAACAAGGAAGCACUGCUAGUCACAGAAGCAGUACUUUCAGUGUUAUCCCAGCUUCAAACGCUGAUCCUAUACUUACAGCACCCCCAUUUGUCAACUUCCACACAAUCAUCUUAGAUAUGAGUGGAGUCUGCUUUGUGGAUCUGAUGGGCACAAAAGCUUUAGGAAAGCUGUGCAGCAACUAUCAAAGGAUUGGGAUUAAAGUCUUCCUGGCAAAUAUACCUGCCCAAGUGUAUGAUGAUAUUCGCACAGGGGGAGUAUUUGAAGAAGGAGGCCUUGAGCCCAGUCACCUCUUUGUGACCAUCCAUGAUGCUGUUUUGUUUGCAACGAUGAAUGGCAAUAGAGCUGUGCAUCGCUCUGCCUUGGACCAGCGAUCGCAUCAGACAGAAGUUUCUGUCUCUGAUGGAUCUCUGGAAGAUAGCAGUGCUGAAUUCCAAAACUUGGAAGAGGAAAUGUUUGGAAGCAUUUUUCAUUCAGAUGCACAAACAGCACUGUGAAAUCAUGAAGAAUGCUUGUGUGAUGACAAAAAAAAUCUUGAUGGCAUUCAUUUGUAAAGAAAGGUUUCUAUGUCUGAAGAAACAAACAGUCAAGGACAAUUGCCCUUAUGCAUUUUGGGCUCUAGACUAUGGGUACCUUGGCAGCAUGGAGCCCUUUCUUAUGUGACAUUCUAUUCUUCAAAAUCAGAGGAACUAACUCUUGGAGCAGUUGGCAUGGACAUCAGAAGGAACUCAGGGAUUACCCUUCAUCCAUCCAGAAUCAGCAGAGUUGCGGACAAUCACUACUUCUCUCUACUUCCAUUUUCCUUCAUCCCAUGCUUCAAGCAAUGCUGAUAUACCCACAAGAAUGUAUGAAAUACAUAUGCAUACUUAGGAAAUCUCAAGCAUCAGACAAGUGCUUAUAAGAGGGGCAGGAAAGAGAGACAAUGUUGUGAGUGUUUGAUCACCAGAUAGAACGAUCAUGAGAUGUGGCAAUUUGGGUAUGAAAGAGGCAGUUGUUUCUAAAGUGUGCACUGAACUUUUAUAAACUUCACACAAAAAGUAAACAGGGCCCUGAUGAU